CACAGACCAUGUUGCAUGUCUUGCGCAAAUUUGCUGAGGUAUUAUCGAUUGAAUCGACCUCGACCGGGGCAGGAUCGACAUUUUCGAGGGAAGUUGAGUGGAUUGGUUAUUCUAAGUCGUCGUACAAGGAAACGUAAAAGCAAAUUAGGUAUUAUGUCUAAUCAAGAAAAAAUCGGUUCGUUGGAAGAAGAAGCGCUGAAACGCAAGGAAAGGAUAAAGGUCUUGAAACGGAAGCAUGAUGAGAUCGGUAAAGAAGGGCAUAAUUCUGGAGAUGACGCAUUCAAUUUACCAAGGCCAAAGUUCCGUAGUUAUAGGCCACAAGAUGACACACUGAAGGAAAACAUCUUGCCUGAUUGCAAACCAGGUGAUGUUGAAGCUGAGGUAAAGGAUCAGUUGGCAUCUGCAAACGCUAGAGUUGUCAUAGAAGAACUGGAUAUCACCAAUCUGGCACCUCGCAAACCAGACUGGGACGUGAAGCGAGAUGUUGCAAAGAAACUGGAAAGACUGGAUAGGCGAACUCAGAAAGCAAUUGCUGAGCUGAUCCGUGAGAGGCUUAAGAAAGGACAGGAAGAUUUGGCUAUGAGUGUACAUAUUGGUGCUAAUAUGAGCCAGAAUCUGGAUAUUGAUGAAGACUGAGCUAUUUGUACAGUUGCCUUGUCAUUUAUUAAGUAACUUUGUGAUUUUUAUAUUUUGGCCAUAUGGGACCA